CAGGAACGCUCAACUACUUUGAGGAAGAAGAAGGAUGAAAGUGUUGUUUGUGAAUGUGCUGCUGCUCUGCUCAUUGUGCGAAGCAGAGGUCAGUAAAAUCUCUGAGCCUGUUUCUGUACAAAUAUUGAAGCUCAGAGAAUCAGCCACCAUUGAAUGCUACAUAAAGAGUUUAGUUUUGAAAAGAGUUUGGUACAAACUGACCGCAGGAAGAAGACUGCAGCUUGUUGCAACAGGUGAUUCUCAGUCCACUCAGAGCGUAACUGCUGAAGAAUUCCAAAGGCGUUUUUCAGUCAAAUUUGACAGCAUCAACAGUCAUCUAAGAAUAUCAGCAACAUCAUGGGAUGAUGUUGGAACAUACUUCUGUGGAGUGAUGGACCUGCAUAAGGUUCAGUUUGGAUCAGGAACCUUUUUGUUCUGCAAAGGUUUGAAGCUGACCAGUGACUCUGUUGCGCAGCAGCCAGAGCCCCAUUCAGUUCAGUCUGGAGACUCUUUGACUCUUAGCUGUAGCGUUCACUCCGGUCAGUGCCCAGCAGAACACACUAGAGUCACAUGGUUAAAAAACUCUCAGUUAUUUGCUUCAGAAAUGACUUACGCAUCUGAAAAUGAAAACAGCAUCUGUCAGAGGGCUGGAAGUGGAAACACGUGUGUGCACAAGCUUUUUCUGAAGAACAUCAACUCUGAUGAUGCUGGAACCUCCCAAUGUGUUGCGGCUGCAUAUGGACAAGUGCUGUUGGGUAAAGGGUCCGUGUUUAAAAAUGGUUUAACGUCUGGUUGCCUUAAUAUGGCUGAUCAGGUUUCGACACUCCUCAUCUUCAUCAUUGUCACCAUUUGUGCCCUGGGUGUCUACUUGGGUUCCUUAGUUUGGAUCAUCGAUGAGACAAACUGCUGUUUUGGAUCUUGUGCGGAACCUUUAGCUUCCUCCCAAACCCAAUCAGAGGUCCAACAUGAGGAACAUGUGCAGACAAAUAUAUCAAAAGGACAGGAAAACUCCACCUGGACUGAAUGUGUUUACAUCAAUGUAAAUAAAUUAAACUGAAUAUAUUUUGUCUGCAUUUCUUCAGUUAAAAGUCAUAACAGUAAAAGCUUUUCCUUACCUGCCUAAUUAAUCAUUUUUGACCUAACAAUACUGUUUCUUUAAUAAAGGGCUCUAAUGCUUA